UGGCUCCUCCCAGCUGCCGAAAUGUGAUACAAGUUGUCACAGAACCGGAAGUUGGCUGGCUGUCUUGGUUCUCGAGAAUGACACAGUUGCCUGUAUGAAGAUUACUUGGAGGCUUACUUGGUAUUUAAAGUGUCUUUCAAGAUGGCGGUGCCGGGACUUGCGGUUGGCGCCGCCGUCCUCCUGCUGCGCGUGGCUCUCGUGGCUCCUUACCCCGGGGGCAAAGUCACCGAGUCCUGCCACGACAUGGUUCCUCGGCACGGCCACACCCCGCACCCCAAUCCUGUGCACAGCGUCACCGUGAAUCAGGCCACGUUCGCGCCGGGGGAUCGUCUCGAAGUUACGCUGUCGGGGCCGGAGUUCAAAGGUUUUCUCUUGGAGGCGCGCAACGCGGAAGAUUUGGACGGCCCGCCGGUCGGCUCCUUCACACUAAUCGACAGUGAAGUGUCCCAGCUCCUGACCUGUGGGGACAGACAGGGGUCGGCUGUGAGCCACACAAAUCCACACAAGAAAACAGAGAUUCACGUCCACUGGACUGCUCCACAGAGGGCCCCGAAUCACAUGCAGUUCCUAGCCACGGUUGUUGAGAAGUACAAAACCUACUGGGUGAAGAUUCCUAGUGCUGUGAUUUCACAAGCAAACGCGCCUCCCUUUUCAACACCCAAAGCUACAGCGGCACCUUUGUCCACCUCGACUCUCGUCUCCCGUUUAACCAAACCAUUCAGUGCCUCCGGCUGUGGGAACAAGAAGUUCUGUGUCCGGAGUCCUUCGGCCUGUGACCCGGAGAAGGAGCACGACUGCAUCUUUCUGUCCUUCACACGAGACGGCCAGUCCGUGGUGGCCGAGCUGAGCGGUCCCAGCAAAGGCUACUUGUCCUUCGCCUUUUCUCACGACAGAUGGAUGGGAAAUGAUGAUGCUUACCUGUGUGUUCAGGAAGGUCACGCUGUGCGCAUCCAACCCUCCCACCUGACGGGGCGGAGCCACCCCGUGCUGGACACCUCGGAUGCCCUGGAAGAAAUGGCCUGGAGGCUGGAGGACGGGGUCAUGCAGUGCUCUUUCAGAAGAAACAUGACCCUUCCCGGGGCUAAGAACAGAUUUGCUCUAAACACAAGCUACUACAUAUUUCUAGCAUCUGGUGCCGUUGAAGAAGGUCGAAUUUAUAGGCAUUCCCAGCAACCCCUGAUUACGUAUGACAGACACGAUGUGACGGGUCCCCCGGAGGACGUAGGAGGGUCCCAGUCUCCGCUCCUUCUGAAGGCUCAUGGCGCCCUGAUGUUAGUGGCCUGGGUGGCUGCCGUUAGCAUAGGGGUGAUCGUCGCCCGGUUCUUCAAGCCCGUGUUGUCACACCCUCUCUUUGGCGAGGCAGCUUGGUUUCAGGUGCAUCGCACACUCAUGCUCACCACUUGCGUCCUCACCGGCAUCGCUUUUGUCCUGCCCUUUGUGUACCGGGGAGGCUGGAGUUGGCGCGCAGGUUGUCACCCCUACCUGGGCUGCGCCGUGAUGACCAUGGCCGCCCUGCAGCCCCUGCUGGCAGGCUUCCGGCCCCCUCUGCACGACCCCAGAAGGCACCUGUUUAACUGGACUCACUGGGGGCUGGGAACAGCUGCUAGAAUAAUAGCAGUGGCAGCGAUGUUUCUGGGGAUGGAUCUCCCAGGGCUGAGUCUCCCCGGCCCCUGGAAAACCUAUACAAUGUUGGGGUUCGUGGCCUGGCAUGUUGGGGCUGAGAUCAUCCUGGAGAUACACGCUUACCAACUCUCUCGAAAAGUUGAAAUACUGGAUGAUACCAGAAUUCAGAUUAUCGAGCCAUUUACCAUAGCUGACGCAGAAGGCCAUGCUUUUAAAAAGGCGGUGUUAGCGGUUUACAUCUGCGGGAACGUCACUUUCCUGCUCAUAUUCUUAGCUGCCAUCUACCGCCUCUGAGCAAGCCCAGGCCUCGCUGCCUCCGGCCCGGUAAUCACCGUCACGGAGCCGAAGGGACUCUGGCCGUGCCCACCGCCCGGGGCGAACUCGUGAACUCUGACCUGGAAGAGCAGCGCAGGCCUUGCAAGGUGGGCCGCCAAAGCCUGGUUUCUAGAAGUCGACCCUCAGCAGGCCCCUCCAGACUCUACAGGGUUGCCAGUCUGGCCAUUCUGGGUCUGGAAGGGAAGGUCCAGGAGAGGCGACCCUUGGAUGAUUCCAUGACGAGGUUUGAAGAGCGUGAGCAUCGAAGCAAGCAAACAGGACCUGCCUGCAAUCGAGGGGGGGGCACCAGGGGGAGGGGAGCGGAAAUGGGUUUCGGGGAUGGGAGUACUGCGGGGCUUUAAACACAACAGCUCUUUCUACCAGUUUAUCUCAAGGGUCUGUUUCUCAGGACUUUUGAGAAACUGUGUUUUCAGUCCAGUUUUUGGGACACUUCCCUUGCUCUGUGUUUUCUCUCUUCUCUGGUAAAGGUGGACAUGGGGCCGACCCCAUUGUGGGUUUUGUUAACAUUUAAAUGCCUUGCGGAUAUUACCAUCUCCUCAGUUAUGAAGUGUGUGCGUCUUCUGCUGCAGCGCUGAAGUGACAUUUUACAUGUCCGUUGUUUUGACAGCAAGAUUUGGGUCCGAUGCCUUUGGAGAUUGUAGACUUGCAUUUCAAAAUUAAUAAAACUUGCUCUUGUGAACACA